GCAACCGCUUUCAAUACAUACCAGAGCAAUUUGGAAAAAGUUGCAGUUGUUUUAUUAAAAUCAAUUAUGGUCACGAGAAAAAGGCCCAUAAAGCGCAGUGCCCAGGUGGCUGCCAUAGACAAAGGAGAUGAAAUUGAGGAUGGCGGCGCUUCACAGCCAAAAGUGCCGAAAGAGCUGCUGGUGAUUGCUCAGGAGGUGAAAAUAGUGCGUGCACUGGCAUGCAAUGACUUAACAAAGCGAAAUCGUCAGAUCCGGAAGCUGCGAAAAUGGUUUCAGUUGCGGGCGGUCAGCUCCUUUCCCUUCACAGAGGACGAUUUCAUGCGCAUUUGGAAAGGGCUAUACUAUAACGUUUGGAUGUCGGACAAGCCGCUGGUGCAAGAGGACCUGGCCGAACAGCUGGCCCAAAUGGUAGACAGCUUUGGCGGCAAUACUGCUUGCAGCCUGGCCUAUUUCAGCGCCUUCAUGCGCACCAUGUGCCAGGAGUGGUUCGGAAUCGAUCAGUGGCGCAUGGAUAAAUUUCUGAUGCUUGUGCGUCGCAUGCUGCGUUACAUGCUGCGUUUGCUAAAGAAGAGCAAAUGGUCGGCGGAUUUAAUACAGGCAUUCAAUGUAAGCAUGCAGCAAUCGGUGCUAGCAGAACAGCCAAAAUCCCGAGGGCUCACCAUGCACUACAUGGAUGUGUUCUUCGAAGAGCUGGCAAAGGCUGCCAAUGAAGAAAUCACCGCCGAUCAGGUAAAUCUUUUCCUGCGCCCUUUUGUACACUAUGUGGGUACACAGCGGGACGCCAAACUAGUGGCUCAGUGCCGCACGCGGGUGCUCUACCAUUUGCUCUAUCAGAGUGAAUUGGGUCGCGAAUACAGCGAGAAGUACAAGGCAUGGAAGGAAAUGGGUUUUCCCAGCGCCUCUAUAGACGAUGUCGAAAAGAUGGACUCAGGCUUCGAUGAAGAAGAAGAGGAGGAAGGAGAAGAGCAACAGCAAGAGGUCACAUCCCUUGAUCCACGUGCGGGAAAUGUGGAUGUGCUUAUGCCCGAACUACCGCUGAAUGCUGAUUGUGUGCUGGACGAGUUGCAGACAUUGCUUCGCACCGAGGAAUACAACGGCAAGCGGCGUAAGGGACUGCGCAAGCUGUUGCACAUCUUUGAGACAUAUGCGAGCGGUGAAUUUCCUUUGGGUGUGCGUAAUAUGCCCAAGCCUGAAGGCACCACACUGGCUGAGCUCGUGGAGCAGAAGAUCGCAGAGGCGGAUGAGUUUGAGGAAUCAAAUUUUGGCACCGGACGAAAACUAAAAAAACUCAGCAAGUCAAAGCGGAAGCGCCUUCUUAAGUCCAUUAACUUUGAAGAGGUCGACGAGGAGAACUUCGACCAGGUCAUAAGCAAGGCACUCUCGCCAAAACUCCAGAAGCAAGUUCAGCGUAAUGAGAAGGUGCGUUCAAGCAUAAACAAUGCCUGGGUAGUCGAGGACGUGGACGCAAAUGACGAGGAGUCAAAUCCCAAGCCCAAGACAACUAAGCAGGAGACAGUGAAGGUAAAACAGCAAUCGAAAGAGAAAGCUGAGGAGCUUAAGCAAAAGUCCAAACAUCAGCCCAAGCAACAGACUAAGGAACAGCCCAAGGACCAGACCGAUCAGCAGCUCAAGGCACAGUCCAAGCAGCCGAUUAAGGAGCAGACAAAUGCCGCUCGACCCGAACAGGAGUCUACAGCGUUAGCAGAAACUGAGCCAGCUGAAACUACUCCAAAGCCAAGUAACGGCUGGAAUGAGCCAUUACAAGAUGGUGAAAAGGAUUACUUUGUUCCCUCGCGUAAAUUGCAACUAAAACAGGCCAAUAACAAACUGUUGAUCAAUCCACUCGCCGCCCAGGACACGCCCAAAACCCCAGCACAGCGCCAUAAGUUUGCAUCGCCCCAAUUGGGAAGCGGCAGCAAACGGGUGCGCAUUAUGACGAAGUGCAACAGCGCCUAUCCCAAAAGUGACUACUAUAGACAGUUGAAGCUAUCGCCACAGCUGCCAUACGACGCGAAUCGCCAGCCCGGCAAAAGCGUCCUCAAGCCGCAUGUUUUACCCGGACCCAUCAAUCCCAACUACAAGAAGGCCAAGCGAUUAUUCAACGAUACGCUGUGACGUUGCGUAAAUUGGCUGGGGCUGGACUGGAUGGAAGAAUGAAUGGAAUGGAUUGAGCGAUUGGGUGCCAGACCCAGAAGUGCCGCACUAGCCUUGCACUGAGAACUUCGAAGGGUUCUGUUCUCAUUAGCCCAGUCCGGUGGAUGAAAAUAAGGCAUAUACUUGCAUAGUUAAUACAAUAAAUGUGCAUCGGAUAUUUUUACAUUUAUAGUAUGCUUAUUUUGUUUCCAUAUAAUAUUUUGCUUGUAGACUAUUUUUAAAUGUUCAAUAUGCGACACAUUUUGAAUUCAUAUCUAAAAUGGAAUAAAAGUAAAGUAA